AUGGAGCUAGUCGGCCUAGCAAAUGGAUUCUCCUGCUACACUACAAGCAAAAAUGAAGCAACCUUUAUCUAUAAGGAGAUAUACAUAGAUAAAUGCUAUGAUGGUCCAAAGCUACCGGACUUACCCUUCAUUAUUGACGUUGGGGCUAACAUUGGACUAUUUUCUAUCUAUAUGAAACAAAAACAUCCUUCAGCUACAAUUCUUGCCUUUGAGCCAGCACCUAAGAUAUACGACCUUCUAUGCCGGAAUCUGGAGUUACACAACGUCUUCGGCGUCAAGACCUACGCCUAUGGUUUGAGCUCCAAGGCAGCCACUACGAAAUUUACGUACUUCCCUAACUCACCUGGAAACUCAACUCUAUAUCCCGAACAGAAAGUAGAGCUACGACGUGCAAUUACAGAACACUUUGGCGAAGAAGCUGCAAAUUAUUACUUCACUGGAGCCCAGGAGAUAGACGUUAAUCUCCAAAGGCUAUCGCACUUUCUAGGUAGCUGUGAUACUCUGAGAAGGAUUGACCUGCUCAAGAUUGAUGUGGAGGGCGCAGAACUUGACGCUUUACUUGGCCUGGACGACACAGACUGGGACAAGAUAUAUAACGUCAUAAUAGAGACUUCUGUUAACUCUGGAGUUAAGCCUGAUGUUCAGAAGCUUCUGCGAGAUAAAGGCUUUGUUGUUACUAGUGAGGGUGCUUGCUGGGCACCUAACCAGUUCUUCAUGAUCCGCGCUUAUCGU